AUGGGCCUUUGGGGAACAAUUUGCUUUUUAAUUUUCCUGAGCAAAACUUGGGGACAAGAACAAACCUUCGUCAUUUCAGCACCCAAAGUCUUCCGGGUUGGGGCAUCUGAAAAUGUUGUAAUUCAAGCCCAUGGCUACACUGAAGCAUUUGAUGCGACAAUCUCUAUAAGAAGUUAUCCUGAUAGAAAAGUGACCUACUCCUCAGGCUGUGUUAAUUUAUCUUCAGAAAAUAAAUUCCACAACUCAACACUAUUAACAAUUCAAGACAAACAGUUGUCUGAAGGACAAAGCUCAUUUUCAUAUGUGUAUUUGGAAGUCGUGUCAAAGCAUUUUUCAAAAUCAGAAAAAAGGCCAAUCCUCUAUGACAAUGGCUCUCUCUUCAUCCACACUGACAAGCCUGUGUACACUCCGCAGCAGCACGUAAAGGUUGGUGUCCUUUUGCUGGGAGAUGACUUGGAGCCAGUUACAUGGGAAACUGUCUUAACUUUCAUAGACCCUGAAGGAUCAGAAGUUGACAAGGUACAAGGAAACAAUCUUACGGGAGCUGUGUCUUUUCCUGACUUCCAGAUUCCUUCUAACCCCAAAUACGGUAGAUGGACGAUUCAGGCUAAAUAUAGAGAAGACGCGUCUACCAACGGAAUGACACACUUUGACGUCAAAGAACAUGAUAAAGCCUACAAAAUAAGUCUCACGCCAGUAAGUGAUCGGCAGCACGAACUGAAAAUUCAAGAUGAAGCCCAAGCCGUGAGUCUCCAGCCAACAGAUUACCUGAGGAGGAAAAUAACAGAACAAGCUUUUACAUACAAACAUCCGGUGAUAAGGACGUGUUGUUAUAACGGAGCCAGACUUAAUAACUAUGAAACCUGUGAGCAGCGAGCAGAACGUGUGAAAAUAGGCCCAAACUGUGUCCAAGCCUUCACUCAAUGCUGCACCAUGGCAACCCGAAUCAGAGCUAGUGACACCUUUAAUGAAUUCAUUGGAUUGGGCCGUGGAGCAUUUUUUAGCAGUUCACAUAAGCAGGUGCCGCCCUUUAAUCACAGCACUCAGGAGGUAGAGAUAAGAGGAUCUCGACGAGUUCCAGGCCAGCCUGGUCUAUGGAGUCAACUUGAGGACAAUCUCCAAAUCAACAGAGAAAUCCUGUCUUAA